AUGUUCCUAAAUAAAUGUGAGGGAGAGCUGAGUGAGCUGAGGAAGAGCGUGGACAGUGAGGGCACCACACCAGACAACACUGAAGAAGAGCAGCCCAAGAAAAAACACCGGAGGAACCGCACAACCUUCACGACAUACCAGCUGCAUGAGCUGGAGAGGGCCUUCGAGAAAUCCCACUACCCCGAUGUCUACAGCCGGGAGGAGCUGGCCAUGAAGGUCAAUCUUCCAGAGGUCAGAGUGCAGGUGUGGUUUCAGAACAGAAGAGCCAAGUGGAGACGGCAGGAGAAAAUGGAAGCCAGUUCAAUGAAACUCCAUGACACCCCUAUGCUGUCCUUCAGUAGGCCCCCCAUGACUGCCAAUGUUGGGCCUAUGAGCAACUCCUUACCUCUGGACCCCUGGCUGACUUCCCCUAUCUCUAGCGCUACCACGGUGCACAGCAUUCCAGGUUUCAUGGGACCUACCCAAGCCCUGCAGCCAGCCUACACUGGCCACUCCUUCCUCAACAGCCCGCCACCAAUGUCUCAGACCAUGCAGCCCAUGGCACCCACCCCUUACCAGUGUGCCACCACCUUUGUGGACAAGUACCCUUUGGAAGACGUCGACCAGAGAAGCUCCAGUAUUGCAUCAUUACGGAUGAAAGCCAAGGAGCAUAUUCAGACCAUUGACAAAACCUGGCAGCCUAUUUGAUAAAUGGUCACUUCCCUUCUUCCCGGCAACUUUCCAAACUCCUAUGCCUGUCACUUUGGCUGGUCUCCAUUUUGGGUUGCACUGAAUAGAUGUUGGACACCGUGAGACCCCAGCUGAGGAGAAGGGUGGGGAAUUGCUAGGACCCUACUAUGCAGCAGCUUGCCGAGCUGCUAACACACCUUCAAUGCCAUAGCUCAGUGCUGGGGCAGAACCCUCCUCUCUUCCCUGCCCCAUGUUUAGAAGUCUCCUCUGGCUGAAUCAGUUGGGGUCACAAACAAGGAAGCAACCAUGGAGUCUAGCAAAAGACCAAGACACCCAAGACCUCCACAAAGGAGAAUUCAAGAGCAGCUACUUUGACUAUCACCUCCACAAAGCCAAGUGGACAGCACCAUGCCUGUUUGAGCUUUCAUUUUCUUUGUAGCUGCAGAGGACCUGUUCUUUGGCUGGAGCCAUGAUAAUUUACACCAGCUGAGGACCUGAUCCAGAGCUUCCCCUAGGACCUGCACCAAAACAAUCCUCCCAGGCUGCUAAUUGCCUAGUGAGAGCUGUGAGAACAGGAUUGGGCUCCAUGCAGGGGUGACAUUUGCUGGCCUUCCCAUCUGGGAGGUCCUGUGUCUCCAGAGCCCUGCCUUUCAGGAAGCCUUGGCUUCUCGCAUCAGCGAGUGGAACAAGCAGCCCUCUGUACCAAUGACUGGCAAUAGAAAUCUGCCAGGCCCCCACAGGGACUCUUGAACUCCCACAGAUUGGUGAGUCCCUGUGAAUUAAACCAAGGGAUCUCUGGCAGCCUGUUGUAAUCUCCCUGGACUUGAUAGACUGUGCUUUCCCUUCCCGGAUAGCUGUUCCUCAGCCCCUUUGUCUUUACUCUUAUUCCUUUUUUAUAUGUGGCAGAUUUUAAAAAGAUCAAAAUGAAAUGAUCUAGUUUCCUAGAGAACAACUUUUGUUGGGG